UUCCAGACUUUGUUUUUAGAAGUGAAUAUCCGCACAAAAAAAUAUGAUUUUAACCAUUAGCCAGCGCUCCUUACCGCUGCUUUAGAUCUCUAGCAAUGGCAUUUGCUGGUAGUGUGCUUGUUUCUGACUGAAAAAUGCGCUGUAGAAUCAGCUGUUCCGAACGAGAAGCUAAGAUGGAAGUUUAAAGCUAUUUCUGGUGAGCAGUGACUUACUCAGCGAAUUUACUAAGAAUACUUCAGGAACCUGCGCUAACUACAGUCUGGAAUGGCCAUUUCCGUAGCUGUCCUUGAUUGCGAUCUGUUGCUUUAUGGUCGUGGACACCGUACACUUGACCGAUUUCGUCUGGAUGAUGUCACAGAUGAGUACCUGAUGACUAAUUAUGGCUUUUCACGCCAGUUCAUUGAUUACCUUGUUGAACUGUUAAGUGGUAGCCUUACGCGACCUACGCAGAGAUCUCGAGCUAUAAGUCCCGAGACCCAAAUCAUGGCCGCUCUUGGAUUCUACACCUCUGGAUCAUUCCAGACUCGCAUGGGGGACACAAUAGGAAUCAGCCAAGCCUCAAUGAGCCGAUGUGUUACUAAUGUCACAGAUGCUCUUGUGGAGAGGGCCCCUCAGUUUAUUCACUUUCCACGUGAGGAGGGCUCCAUUCAAAGACUGAAAGAUGAGUUCUACAACGUGGCAGGGGUCCCUGGUGUGCUUGGAGUUGUGGACUGCACCCAUGUAACUAUUAAAGCCCCAAAUGCAGAGGACUUGUCCUAUGUAAACCGUAAAGGCCUGCAUUCAUUAAACUGCUUACUGGCUUGUGAUGCCCAGGGGCUCCUGCUGUGGGCAGAGACUCAUCAGCCAGGGAGCAUCCAGGACAAUGUAGCCCUGCAUCAGUCUGGUUUGUGCUCCCUGUUUGAGACAGACAUGCAAAAACAGGGAUGGCUGCUAGCGGGUAAUUCUUUUCUCCUCUGUCCCUGGUUGAUGACACCCAUGCAGAUUCCAGAUAGCCCCUCUGAGUAUCGCUACAACAUGGCCCACAGCGCCACUCACAGCAUAAUGGAACGCACUUUGCGAGCCCUACGUCUCCGCUUCCGCUGCUUAGAUGGAUCUAAGGCUACCUUACAAUACUCCCCCGAAAAAUCUGCCCAGAUUGUUCUGGCAUGCUGUAUCCUUCACAACAUUGCUCUGCAGCACGGCUUGGAUAUCUGGAGUGUGCCUGGAACAGCAGGGUUUGAGCCUGAAGAGAACUCUGGACAUGUGGAGCCUGUAGAAUCCGAAGCAUUUCGCAUGAGACAGGAACUCAUCCACACCCAUUUCAGUUGAUCAUGUCCAGGAUAUUUACUGUGUAAAUGUUUAUUUCCAGUCCAUUUAAAUGAAUGGUAAAAUAAGUAUAACAUAAAAGUGACAUCAAAGUGCAAAAAGUAAAUGCUCUUAUGUGUUAGUUAUCUAGGUAUGCUUUUCAACAAAUGAUACCAAGACAAUAAAGUAACUUUGAUAACAGAAGUACAUUGAAAAGUCUUUUAAAAUUGCACUCUUUGUUUUUGACUUCAAUGUCCCAUUAAAGGACAUGAUAUCCAAAUGUUGAAGCACUUGAAAGUGAUGCAGCAUAGCUGUAAAAAGCGGACUAGAAAAUAUCACCUGAACAUCUCUGUGUGGAAAAAGGAAAACAAAUUCCCUAGGUAUUCACACCCCACUGUAAAGAGACUUUAAGCUUCCAAUCAGGAUGCUAGUCCCGGGACUUGCAAGGGAGUGUGAAUCUGGCAUAUGCAGGCACAAUCAUGUUAUUUUCCUAUUCAGUUUAAAGAAGUUUACUAUGAAAUCUCACACGAUCACAGCAAAGCAAUGCAUGACCUCAGCACUGCUCAUUGGCUAUUUUGUUGUUUCUUUUUAACCUGCAGCUGAAUUAUAACUGUGUCACAGCACUUACUAUGGUGAGCUGAAUACAUUUUGAGGUAAAAGAUCUUAAUUUUUUACAUAGAGAUAUUCAGGUGAUAUUUUCAUGUCCGCUUUUUACAGUUAUGAUACAUCACUUUCAAGUGAUUUAGCAUUUGAGUAUUAUGUCCCUUUAAAGAAAUGUUUUUUUUUCUGUGUCAAAAAUGUGUUUUUUUUAUUUUAAUAUAGUUGGAUUUUUUUUUUUCUUCUGAAUAAAACCACCUUUCAUUUU